AUGUGGUCGCCGGCCUCGGCCGCCGUCGCGGCCUCGGCGUCGGCCGCCGCGGCCACGGCCACCGCCGCGGCCUCGGGCGCGCAUUGCCUCGAGGAGGACACCACCCUCGAGGGCCGUGCCGGCCUGCUGCCCCUGGGCGCCGGGCACGAGGCCCUCGACCGCGACCGCGCGGAGGCGCUGCUCGCCUGCCUGGGCCGCCUCUCCUCCGCGGAGGCGGACCUCGCCGCGGUGCGCGCCGCGAUCCUCGGUGCCCUCGCCGAGGGGCCCGCGGCCGCCCUCGGCGGCCGAGCCGAGCCCGUCGAGCGGCCCGGCGGCCGUCCCGCGGCGUCGAAGCCGCCCGCCGCCGACGCCGCCGAGGUCCAGCGGCACGGCGGCUCGCCCGCCGCCUUCGGCGGCGCGGGCAACGGCGGCGCGCCGCGAGCGCCGCAGCCGCCCUCGCCGCGGAAGCUGCCGGGGGCGCCAGGGCCGCGCUUCGCGGAUCAGGCCGCGGCGUCGCUGUGCGCCACGGGCAGGCCGCUCAAGUCGCACAGGGCCGAAGGGCGCCACAGGACGACGGAGAGGCUCGGCUGCUCGAGCUGGCUGGCGCUGCCGGUCCUGCACCCGGAGCACCCGAGGCUGCUGCUGUGGAAUCUGGUUGGCGUUGUCUUCUUGACGUACAUUGUGUUCAUGCUGCCUUACGAGCUGUCCUUCGGCCCGUGCAGCAGCAACGAACUGUUCGUGGUCGCUUCGGUCGUGGACGUGUAUUACAUCCUCGACGUCAUCGUCACGUUCCGGACCGGCUACGAGGACGAAGAGACGAAAUGUGUUGUCAUGGACCCUGACCGAAUCGCGAGGCGCUACGUGAGGUGUUGGUUCUACGUGGACGCGGUUGCCGCCAUACCGUGGGACUGGGCGGACGCGCUGCACUUGCCAUACCUGCAGUCUACCAAGGCGCUGAGGUCCAUGAGGACGCUCCGCAUCUCACAGGUAGCGCGUUGCUUCCGCCUGUGCCGCACGUACUUGCUGGGGAACCGCCUGGACAUCUUCUUGGAGAACAAUCUCGGCCUUGGUUUCAUCAUGGGCGUCUUAAGGGUGCUCUUCGUCCUUUUAGGCGUCACUCACUGGGCCGCGUGCGUGUGGUUCUUCAUCGGCUCGAUCGACGACGGCCGCCCCAGCUGGGUGGACAAGCACCUCGACCAGGAUGUCGAUGCGUACCAGGCGUACGUUUAUUCGUUGUACUUCACCCUAACAACGAUGACCACGGUUGGCUACGGUGACAUCGUCGCACAGAAUUUCACCGAAGUGUGUUUCGUCUUGCUCCUGCUGCUCCUUGCCUCGGUCGUCUUCGCCUCCAUGAUGGGCGAGCUGACCGACCUGAUACGCUCUGGGAACAGGGACUCCCACAUCCUCAGCGCAAACAGGCAGAAACUGGCCCAGUACGUUCGCUGGCGCCGGCUUCCGAAGUCGGUGGCAGUCCCCAUUCGGACCCACUUGGUGUGGCUCUGGGAGAUGGGGGAGGGCUUCGACGCCUAUGAGGCGGAGCUCAAGAGUUGCCUAUCCCCCUUGCUUCAGCGAGAGCUAUCAUAUCAAGUAUACGGAGGCUUGAUCCGCAACGCCCCUUUCUUGCAGUGGAUACGAGUGCACGAGCCGUGCAUGAAGGAGCUCACGGUGUUGCUCUCCUCGAGCUUCCUCUCCCCGGGGGACAAGAUAUUCCGGGUCGGCGAGCCGAACGAACAGAUUUUCAUGUUGAAGAGUGGGAUAGUGCGACUCUCGAUGAACGACAGCCUCCACAACACGGGCCCCCAGCAGCUGGCCCCAGACCUCGCCGACCCCGCCCCGACGCCGGCAGCAGGGGCGCGCUGGGCGGACCUGGCCGCGAAGCCCAGCAGCAAGUCCGACGCGCUCCUCGGCGCGGGCGCGAAGACGGAGGCGCAGGACAGGCUCAGCAGGGUCUCCUUCGCCCCCGGCUCGUUCGCGAAUCGGCCGCACGCCUUCACCCAGGCGACGAGGGAGCUCCGCGGCUACGAGGCCACGCUGUCCUGGAGCGCGCGGGUCAUACAGAAGCUCUGGAGGAAGCGCCACCCGUACACCCCCUUCCUCGCCGCUUCUGGCCCAUGCCGCCGUGGGCAAUGGCGCGAUGCGUACCCAGCCGAUCUCUGCCCCCGCCUAUUUCGGAGAGGCGUGCCUCUGGCUCCCCGUCUCGGCGGCUGGGACACUGCCACGCCGCACAAGUUCGCGUACUCGGCCAGGUGCGAGUCGUUGGCCGAGGUGGUUUGCAUGAGGCGCGCUGUAGUGAAGGAGAUCAUGGACAAGUUCUCGCCCUGGCUCGAGGAUCGCUUCGAGGUCUUCCGCCAGGCCGUGGCCAGGAGGCUCACCGAGGGCCAGGACGUGCGCGCGUGCGCUCGACCGCCGCUGCCGGAGCGCCCCGGCCCCCCGUUGCCGCCGCCCGCGGGCACCGGUCAGGGUUCGGCCAGCUGGAGGCCACAGCCAGCCUCGGCACCACCAGCCGCCGCCGAGGGCCCCGCGGGCGCGGCAAGGGUGGUGGUGGACUGGAGGGCCGCCUGGAGCCGCCAGGCGUGGAACAGGCUCCCGGGGGAGCGCCUCGUGAACUGCACGGCCUCCGGCGGCCCCGCGAGCGGCUCCGUCAGGCUGACGCACGCGAGUUCCGUGAGCGCGGAGUGGAACGGCGUCGGCAGUUACGACGAGGGCACCGUCCGCGUCGAGUUCGCGAACGGCCGCCGGCUCUCCGGCUCCCUGGGGCCCGAGGGCUCCCACGCCCCGACGAUCCAGUGGAGCGACGGCACGGUGUGGACGUGGGCCCAGCCGCCGACGGGCGCCGAGCUCCCUGCCGCGCCGCCGCCCGGCCGCGGCGAGCCGCGGCUCGGCCCGCUGAGCGAGCCGCUCCUCCGGCCGCUGUAG